AUGACCAUCGAUUAACUUGUAUCUCUAUUGAGAAACAAUCCAUAUUCAACUAUAGAUCAGAUGAGCAUCGGAGUAUUUUUUUAUUUUAAUUAUUAGAUUAUAUUUGACUAUGUUCCUCCUGAAUGCAUAAGCUUAUAUAUCACUAAUUAAGGUUAAUAUACUCCAUAGAGUAUUUAUUAAUUGUUCUAUGACCUUUAUAAUGACAAAGAUGAAGAAAUUUGA